UUUCUUUUAUUUAUUUAGCAUAAAUCUAAUUUUUAAAAUAUAAAUCUUUAUUGUUGACAAAAAAAGUAGUAGUAAUGUUUUAAAAUUUGAUGAUUCGUGUAUGAGUAGGAACAGUUGGUUGAAACGGCUACCAACCAAAACAGCGCACAUGCUUACGCUUUUUACCAGCUGGCCACCCCAAGGAGAUUAGAACUUCGUGUCGUCAUUGUUUUCUACAUAUGAACUUCAUGCUGUCUACUUAUCUAAGCAUGAAAUUCACAAUUUUUUUUAUAAAAAGGGAAAAAGAAAGUUUCAUAUGUAUUGUCAGAUAUUUUAUAUUUUAUUAUUCAAUGUUAGUUAAGAAAAAUACAAAAUAUGUGCUAAACUAUAGCUUAUAACUUUAAACAUACAUUUAUUUAUUUAUCUAUAAGAAAAAUAAUCAAUAAUACUCAAAAUGUCGAAUAAUCAUAAAUUACAAAAUAUUAAUAUGUAUCUGAGCUAUCAUUAAUAUUAGGCCGGCUUUUGGUUAGUGGGCUCAAAUAACAUUCGGAAUCAGGAAGAAUCUAAACCAAAAGACAUAACCAAAAGCGGUAUUCAAUGUGGCAUAUACAAUAGAUUGAUUGAUCGGUUUUACAAAACCAAACCAAAUUGACCAAUCGUUUUCGAAGCGAGGGUAAAAUAGUCAUAAACACAAACAGUCAAAACCCUAGAGUACAGAAGUGGAUAAAAAGGGUUGAGCCACCACUUUUCAUAACAUCAAUCUCUUUACCGUUUCAUCUUUGUGUCUGUGUUCUUAACCCUUGUUUGUUCCUUGUGUUUGAAACUGCCUCCUUAGAGUAGCCUUGUGAACCCUAAGUUCUUUAGGCAAAUUUCAUAUCUGGCUUAGUUAGGAGGCAAACAUAAAUUCUGAUCAUUCAAUACUUUUCUGUAUUGUUUUUGGUCGUUUGAGGCUUUUUUUUUUGUUUCUUUUGAGGAGGAGCAAUUGAAUUAUCUUCAAUUGCAAGCUUCUUCUUACCAAAAAGCUUCCGACAUUAAUUCUCACUGUUUUGUGUUUUUAUUGACAUGAUGAAUAUGUAUUAUAGCCUCCGAAUAACGAGAAAGUGAAAUAUAGGAACACUUUCUGGUUCAGACAGAGGCUUAUAUCAAAACUCGAAUCAGUUUUUGAGGGUGAAAGAGCUUUACUCUUUUUUUGCUCAUCAAAUCCAUCAUCCGUUUCUUGGAUAGAUUCGAAUAUCUAAUUGACUUAUUAUAUCUGUUAUUUUUGUAGCGUUUGGUUACACUGUUAAGAUCACUUGAGACUUUCUGUUUUGACCCAAUGGGACUAGUAAAUAAAUAUUGGAAAAAUGAUCCUAAUGUAUGAAAUCAUGUUAACUAGCGACCAAAACAUAAAUCUUAUAUUACAAUCGGACACAAUCCAGAAAGACAGCUGCCAAAGAAUCGGUUCUGUUUUUCUUUCAGUUCAACCUUCUUCUCAAAAAUCUUGGUAUUGUCGUACGAAUGUGUAUAUAGCCUCCGAAUAGCGAGAAGGUGCAAUAUCUGAAUACUUUCUGGUUCAGACAGAGGCUUAUUUUAAAACUCGAAUCAGUUUUUGAGGGUGAAAAAAAGCUUUACUCAUUUUUACCCAUCGAAUCUUUCAUUCCUUUUAUUGGAUAGAUUCGAAUAUCUAAUCGACUUAUGCGGAAGAGUUUGGGAUUCUAGAUCACUUUCAGAUUGAAAAGAAAAGAGAAUAUGACAGGCCUCUGAAACUUUAGACCCUCUAGUUCGAUCCAUCUGUAAACAAUAAAAAAAAGACAUGAGAUAACAAUGCUUUACAUUACAAAUUGCCAAAAACAGUUUUGUUUGUACCUUUCUUUUAAACACCAUCACCUAAGUAAUGAGUUAUUUGUAUCUAUCUCAGUUCUUUAUUGCUUUGAACUUUUUAUUUUAGUAAACUAACAACUCUAUUAUCAAAUUUAUAACCGUGUAACCUUUUAUCACAAAUCUAGAGUGUACAACCAUAUCAACGGUUCUAAGUUCUAACGUUGGAGGUCAUGCUGUUAAACUUAUUGGUUGGGGAACUACUGAUGAAAGCCAAGACUACUGAUGCCCACAGGUUGAGUGAGCAGGCAUGAAAUCCAUAAGCAAUGGAUGAUCGAGAGUAUUAAAGUUUAAUUGAUUAUUUAUUCAAAUCUAGGACCCCUUCUUCCAUUAGUCAGUUUUAGUGGUCGACCCUAAAAUUUGUAGGCUAUAAAUAGUUUAGUAAAUUUUAAUUAUUAUUUUUUUCUUUUACAAAUUUAGGAAUAUUUGUUUAUGUAAAUUAUUUUUAAAAUUUUAGAGAGUCUAUAUGCCAAUGUUUCACUUGCCCACCCUAGACACUUAUCUACAUAUUUAACCGGAUUUGAUCAAAUCUCCUUUGUAAGGCUCUGACUCCCCACUGCUAAUGGCUUUCCACCUCCACUAGGCCCAUGGAUCCUAUUCAGUAAAUUUUUUUUCAAGACUCAAAAGUUUUGUUUACUAACUUGCAACCACCACAUGACAUUUCCACGUGUUUUGGCAUCACUCACACGAUACCGCGAAUGACUUCCCGAUAAAUUAUUCAUCCUUUUACUACUUCCGCUCAAGCACGAUUAACUCUGGAGUUCUAAAUGAAUGUGUGAUAGAAAAGGUAAGUGCAUUUUGGUGAUGUUAUAAUUCACUACCACUCACAGAGUGCAACACCACCGUCACACACCAGGAAAGGUCUCAAAACGCCCCUCAUGUCAUGACCGAGAUAGCUAACCAGCUCUGAUACGACCUUCUACGGCUAAUAUAUAUGUUUCCUCCGUCUGCUCACUCGGCCUGUGGGCCCAUUCCGUACAACGGGUGGUGCAUUAAUUUUUUUCCAAAGCUCGAAAGUCUUGUUUACGAUUCCCGCAAUCACCACAUGACCUUUCUACGUGUUUUAACAUCACUCACACAAUACUGCAAAUGACUUUCCGACAAAUGACUUUCCGGUAAGUCAUCCAUCAUUCUACUAUUCCAGCUCUUCAGCUCAAGCACGGUUAACCCUAGAGUUCUAAACAGCUGUAUAAACAAAAAAAAUAAAUGCACUUUAGUGACAUAGAUAUCCAAAUCAAUCAUGUUAAACCUUCCUUCGUAUACCAAAAACGGGAGUUACAUCCUUGUUUUCCAGGUUUCCAUAGUCUCUGUUACUUUCAAUUAUGUGCGCUUUCUUCUUCACUCAGUUUCAUUUACCUUUUGUUUCAUCUGCAAAUUUGGGUUUUCCUUGUCGUUAAAUAGUUAGGUUGAAGAUAUUGAUCAAAUGAUAGGCUUGAUCAUUUAAGACAAAAUUUCAGGACAACACAAGCGAUAAAGUUUGUGUUGGUUGGGUCUAUAAUGUGAAUGAUGAAAAAAAGAGCAUAUGACUCUGCUUACAGUUUAAGGGUGAUACUGAUAAUCUAUGUGCCAAUAGUUCCUGCGGUAAAGUUUUUUUAUACGUACUGUACGUACUAUGGUACUUCCAUUUUCCUUCUCCAUAUAAUUAUUUCGCGUUAUCUUGAUUGUCAAUAAUUCUCAGCUAUAUAAUAAUAUAUGAAACUGUAAUUAAAAUAGAGGGUGGUGGCGGUGGGUCCAUGUGUGAGUUUAUCAAAUGGAAUCAGCGCAUCACCCAUGUUAUAAGUACGUGGACUUACCAUUAUAUAUGCCAUAAUAUUAGGGUAUAAAAUAUAUAUUACGUACUUAUAUAUUUUAAAGUCUUGACUUCGACCACCUUAGACAUUUCAAGAUUAGGUUGAAGAUCCACAUUAAAUGUGUUUAUAAUAUUGAGUAAGAAUCUGUGGGUGGAAUGUUGAUGAAGAAAUUCAAAACUGUAUUUAGCAAUGUACUAUAUACGUAUCAUUAUAUAUAUAUACAUCGUUUACAUCUCUCUAGAUGACCAUAACAUGUUAUAGUUUUGUUUAUCUUCGGAUCGGUUUUACAUCUUGAAUUACAAGAAAAGUAUCCCUUUGUUGUUUUUGUUCGGUUUACAUAUACUUGAAAAGACAGUCUCAUACUUUAUAGUUAUAAACUGUAUAGCAAUUUGCGUCAAAGUACCGAAACCUUUGAUAAAUAUCUAUUUAUCAGCGUAAGUUGGCAACUUGCAACGUACCACGGAAUUUGCGUAUAAUGGAGGAGCACUUAUCAGUUAAUGUCGUACGUUGAAGUUUCAACAAAACCUCAUUGAUUUUCGAAUUCGACGUUCGUUGCGCCGAUCGUCAAGAGACAACUUGUUUAUAAAUAUGUACUUGCUUGUAAUACUAUAUAACUAUUUAAUGGUUAUUGUAAGAAUUCUAAUCAUUCACGAGACGCGCUAUAGCUUAUACGUUGUACUACAAGUUUAAGCAAAUAUCAAAAGGAAAUAAAAGAUGAUUGAGUUACAUCAUGUUUACAUAAUUAUAUCACACACACAUGACACAUACGUGUUGAAUGUGUAAAUGUAUUAUGCAUCAUAUGCAUUUGGAUUACCCAUCGGCCAUCGCCGGCCCACAUAGUAUUACAGAACUUCACUUUCCACAUCGAACUAUCUUUAUUUUGAGGGACGGAUUACUGAAAGAAUAACACAAUAAGAUUUAUCAAGUUUCUUUUAAUGUAUAGUUUAAAAUUUGAUAGCUAUUCUAUAGAUUGCUGCAUUAGUCUAUUAUAUUUGUUUCGUACUAACCACCGGUUUACCAUCCUACUUAAAAUUUUAGUAAGAACUUGGUUGACAAGUUAACUCAAUUUAAAACUAAGAAAAAAGAGCAAAGUCUAUAACUAAAUGAAUGGAACAAAAAGCAGCUACCUAAAGUCACAUGCCUUAUUGGAUUAACUAUAAUUAUCGUAUGCAUGAAAACUCCGUAUUAUACGCACUCUUUUAAUCAUUGGGUCAAUCAUCAGCAAAUCAUAUCAUUAUUUUCAGCGUUUUUUCGCUAAUUCCAAGUCAUAUAUAAUUAUUUAUACAUUUAUUUUAAUUGAAACUAACUGUGUGAUUUUACUAUAAAUAGGUGAUGAAGCCGCCUAAGUCUUAUGCAUCCAACUCUACAAUCAUCAACGACUUCAUAAAAACCUAAGAAUUUUCUAAGAAAAUGGCGAAGAUCGCCUCUCUUUUGGUCGCAGUUAUCUUCUACACAAUGUUUUUCAUGAAGAUCAGUUCAGUUUCUGCAGGGUGGUUGCGAGCUCAUGCGACCUUCUAUGGUGGAAGUGAUGCUUCUGGUACAAUGGGUGGAGCUUGUGGUUAUGGAAACCUAUACACGGAUGGUUACAAGACAAACACUGCGGCAUUGAGCACAGCACUCUUCAAUGACGGCAAGUCAUGUGGUGGAUGUUACCAGAUUGUCUGCGACGCAUCCAAAGUGCCACAAUGGUGUCUUAGAGGCAGAUCAAUCACAAUUACUGCCACAAACUUUUGUCCACCAAACUUUGCUCAGGCUAGUGACAAUGGAGGAUGGUGCAACCCACCAAGACCUCAUUUCGACAUGGCUCAGCCUGCCUUUCUCACCAUCGCUAAGUACAAAGCUGGAAUCGUCCCCAUCCUCUACAAAAGGGUCGGAUGCAGAAGAAGCGGAGGAAUGAGAUUCACGAUGAAUGGUAGGAACUAUUUCGAGCUGGUUCUCAUCUCAAAUGUAGGAGGAGCUGGUGAGAUCUCUAAAGUUUGGAUUAAAGGCUCUAGAAGCAAGAAAUGGGAGACUAUGUCAAGAAACUGGGGAGCUAACUGGCAAAGCAACACCUACCUUAAUGGCCAAUCUCUCUCUUUCAAAAUUCAACUCAGCAAUGGAAGAAUCAAAGCAGCUCUCAACGUCGUUCCUUCCAAUUGGCGGUUUGGUCAGAGCUUCAAGAGCAACAUCCAGUUCUAAUCAUAUAAGCAAAAACAAUGUUAUAACCGGGUUAAUGGUUUUUUUUUCCUCUCUAUCUUACACUUUUUUAUCGUUUGUAUUUACUUUCUUUGUUUUCUCUAUUGCAUCAUCAUCUUCUGCGAUAAGCUUCUUGUUUCUAGCUUUAUCAUAGUCUUGCUUCCAGAGAGUUUAUAAUCUGGGGAAGACUCAAGCAGUGAUGAUUGUAUUUGUACAUUUUGGGAACGCAAUAUGUAUUACUAUAUAAUUUAUAUUAAUGAAGAAUAUAUCAAGCAAUUUACUUUGAAGGUCCUCUGAUAUCUCUUUGUUCCCGCCUCAACAUUACCUCCUUAAGAAUAUAAAUUAAAUUUGAUUCAAAAUGUGGUUUAAACAUAGCUCUAUAGUCUCGACCAUAAAAACAGAGCACUCUGUUUCGGAAACAGAGCACCUUGUUUUUUUUUUCUGUAACAACUAACUUAUUUAU